AUGGCUGAGCGAUUGGCUUUAUUCUUUGCCAGACCACCCAAGAACACCGGCGCAUUAACGAUUUCAGAUAAUGGACGCGUUGUACCAGCACGACCUCCUCGACGUCACAUCCACUUUUCAGCACCAGCCAUGAUCACCAAUAGCAGCUUUAAGAAGAAAGCAACCCAUUCGAUAUACAUUUCGCACAUGCAUUGCAAACCCUUUUGGGAAUACUUGAAUGAUGUAACACGUGUGGCCGACAAACGUCUUAUGUCCGCACUGAUGGCACCAUUGUCAACCUUAUUUUGGCAUCCUGUUGUUUGUACAGCAUCGAGUUCACCCAGCGCUGAUUUGGCGGCUGCAGCAACAGCAUACACCACUGAGAUGAUUCGAUCACUCACCGAUCAAAAGCUACUUCAUGCAUUCUUGGUUGUUCUUAUUAGUGAAGAGGGUGGCAUCGGUAAAGAUCUCGAACCUGAAGUAUGA